AUGACUCUACUGUCUGUCCCUGGAAAGGUGUUCAGCCAUGUUCUGCUCUCCUGCUUAGAACCCAUACUCGCCCGUCACCGACGACCCAACCAGUCUGGUUUUACAAGAGGUCUGCCUACUCUGGAUGCCGUGCUUGCUCUCCGACUUCUUCCAGAACUCCACCGUGAAUUUGAGGGGCCUCUCCACGUUGCCUACGUUGACAUCAAGGCAGCUUUCGACUCCCUGGAUCGCGAUGCUCUUUGGAAGGCCCUGAAAGCGACCGAUGUCCCACCAAUACUGCUUUCGUUGAUUCAGGACCUGCACAUGGGCUGUGCAUCCACUGCACGUAUUGGAAGUGACGUUUCCAACCCCUUCUCUACCACCUCGGGUGUCCUCGGUGCUCUGUCAAAGUCACACAGAAGUUCAAGUAUCUCGGCUGUGACAUCCAAUCUUCAGGCUACUCCUCCCCCGACAUUCUCUGACGCCUGGGGCUUGCCUCAUCCACCUUUGGCCAAUUAG